AGAAGAUAGGGUUGGUUGUUGUGGUUGGACUUCUCCUCUCCUCUCCUUGCAUUUCUUCUCCUUCUACUGAUGCUGGAGCAUCUUCAUUUGAGAAAGCAAGAUGAUUAGCAAAUCAAUACAUUGAUUAAUGCAUUAAGGAUGUUAGUUUCUGGAGGGGGUACACAACAGCACCAACAUCAUAAUUAUCUUAGUCCUAGUAGUAGCUGGAACAGAGUCAAAACCUGCUACUCAAUGAAUGUUGUGAGCCAUAGGAACAAUGUGGUUGUCAGCAAUAAUAACAUUAAUCACAACAACAUUUACUGUAAAAGCUUGAAAAAGAAGAAGAAGAAGAGGAAGCUGCUGCAGGUUACAGUGAUGAUGAAGACAGCAAAGGAAAUUAAAACAAUCAACAACAACAACAACAAGAUGUUGUGCGAUUCAUUAACAACAAUUAUGGCCAAGUCAUGUUACCAUGCAGUACUAACUGGGCUUGUAGCUGCUGCAACAGUGAUAUUAUCUACAAGUAUCAUGUUCAGUGGUACUACUCAUGAAGCUAUUGCAUCUGCUGCUACUAACACUGUAGAGGACGGUACUACUAUGGAAAACAUCCCACAGAUGCUCUCUAGUACUGAUGGUGAUGAUGUUAAUGGCAAGAGGAAAGGUAGGAUUCAAAAGCCAAAGUCUAGGAAAGCAGAAACCUGCACCAGCAAGUGCGUCACUACAUGCGUCCGAGGUGGCUAUGGUGCCCCAGGGGAAGGACCUCUUAAUGCUGUUAGACCUCUAGUGGUAUUCAAGCAAGGAUUUCGUAGUCGUCAAUACUGCCUGGUGGAAUGCUCUGACAUUUGCAAUCUAAUCAAGGACUAGCUAGGGGGCUGAAGCUGGACUCCAUAAAGCUGAAUUGGCUAGGCGCAGGUGGUGCAGGGGCAACUUUAUUCCCCUGAAUAUGCAAUCCAAGUAGACAUGAAAGAAAAACAUGGUCUUUCUUCUACUUCUAACAAAGUAACUUCAUCAGAAAACAAAGACACUACUAAGCAGCAGCAGCAGCAGCAGGAGGAGGAGGUGGGGCAAGGACAACUUUAUUCUCCAGACUAUGCAAUCCCACUCCAAGGAGGAGUGAUCAAAGAACAACAAAAAUCAUCCAAGGCAGCAGAUGCCAGCACCAAAAGCAAAACCAACCAACAACAUUCAUCCUCCUCUAGGCUCUAGUCUCCUCUACUAGCUCAAUGCAAGCAUCGUGAACACAUAUACAAUUAGAUGCCAGAAUCCUAUGAGUUGCUUGCUAAUUUCAAGAGGUUAGCUAGGUUCAUGUGCAAUGUUUGUAGCAGCAGCAGUAGCAGCACCUCUACUACUGCUAAUAAUAACAACUUAAUCUAUCUAUUUUCUUACUUUUUUUC